AUACUCCGAAAAGAAAACUAUAUUAUGGAGUAUUUUUAUUUAUAAAAAUCACAUUUUGAACAAACCGUUUAUCGGUUACCACUUGUAGGUGUUUAAAGUUUAGAUGCGCGGAGUAGUGGACCAACUGCAUUCUACGGGUUACCUCCCUACCGGAACUACUCCGCUCCGCUCAUCUAAACUUUAAAUACUUGUAACUCAUAGACUACUCGUCCAAAAUUCGUUUUUUAUGUAUGGAAGAGCAUCAAAAAUUAUUCUGCUCUGGAACAAGGAAUCGAAAAUGCACGUUAACAAAAGUAAAAAUACAUAGAAAAUAGUGAUAAUAUUUAUAUUUUUUGUUUUAAAUGUUGUUUUUUCAAAAAUAUGAUGUAAGACAAAAUAAUAUAUUUUCAAAAACCAUUAAGAGUGUCCUACGCGUCAAAUGGUUCACCCGGUAUCACAACACACACACACUCACCUCAUAGGUAGUCGUAAGGAAAAAGGAUACGACGAUCGCAGGCCGAGUCGCCGCCGGUGUUCCCCCCACCCCUCUACCUCUGACACCACUCCGUCGGCGAACCGUGUGCGGCUCGAGACCAGCCGACGAGGAGGCGGGCGGCGUGGCGGUGGCUACGAGGCGACCGUGCUCGGUGGCGGCGAGGCGGACCAGUGUCCGAGACCGACCGGUAGCCUGCAGAGCACUGCAACGGGUUGUCUCGCCGUCGAUUCGUCUUCGCCGUUUUUCUGGCGCGUGUAUAGUGCGCGCGCGCACGUCCGUCGUACCUUGUGCACCAAGCCUGUCCAUCACGACCGUUGCCCGUGAAAUAUUUUCCGUUGAUUUCCCGAUCCGCCGCGUGAACCGCGGGUGCAUUUUCGGCGCCGCCGGUGGUUCCGUUUUUCGGGAUGGGCGUCUCGGUUUACCGCGAAGUGACGAUGACCACCACCACCACAGCGGCCGCCGCGACGGUCGCGUCGUCUUCGGCGUCCGUUACCGCCGCCGCCGGGUCCGCAAACAAGACGCCGUCGUCGAACGUGUUGAUGUGCCGCCAAUGGUGGAAAGUGUGUUGGAUGUACGGAGAUCAGGAAAAGUACUACCGACAGCUGUACGGAGCGACGAAAAAGCAGUCCGCUUCGGCUUCGGCCUUUGGCAUCAACGGCGGUAGCGGCGGCGGUGGCAGGGCCACGGUCAUGGAACUCCAGCAAAUGUCCACUGUGUCUUUCGUUCCGCCACCGCCCCGGCCCAUUGAUAGACAAGUGUGCCGGAACUGCAACUGUCCGAGGGACGACCACAGCAGCGGCGGCAGCACCAGCGGCAGCCACAAUAACGACCACCACCGACAACUGACGAUCGCCGACACGGCCUCGUGCGGAGGAAGUGGUGCCGCGGCGAUAAUGUCGUCGUCGGCGAUGACCGGCGUCAAGCGGGGCACGCCCCCGCCACCGUUGCCUCCGUUGCCUACGGGCCCACCGGGUUACGAUCAAGCGAUCGGCGGUUACGAGAAGCUGCUGGCCGCCACGACAGCCGUGGGCGCGACGGCCACGUCCACGGCGUCCGUGGCCACGGCCGCUGGGCGCAAAGACCCGUCGGCGGUCGCCGCGCUCCACCUGCAACACCACCACCACCACCAUCCGCACCACCUACAUGCCGUGGCUACGGCCACGGCAGGCGGAGGCGACCCGCAACAGCGGCACUCGCACUCCGACGACGAUUCCGGGUGCGCGCUGGAGGAGUACACGUGGGUGCCCGCUGGACUUAGACCAGAUCAGGUGCACUUGUUCUUCUCGGGCGUGCCCGAAGACAAAGUGCCGUACCUGAACUCGGCGGGCGAGCGGUACCGGGUAAGGCAGCUCCUGCAACAGUUGCCUCCACACGACAACGAGGUGCGGUACUGUCGGGGGCUGUCGGACGAAGAACGCAAAGAGCUGAGGCUGUUCAGCGCGCAGAGGAAACGCGACGCCCUGGGACGCGGCGUGGCUAAGCAGUUGGUCGCUGACGUACCUUGUGCGAACUGUCAAGAGACCCUGCAGCCCGGUGACAUGGCGGUGACGGCGAGCAGAGUCGGGUCGGGCGCAGCGUGGCAUCCGGCGUGCUUCACGUGCCGCGUGUGCAAAGAAAUACUCGUCGACCUCAUAUACUUCUACAAAGAUGACCACGUAUACUGCGGUCGACAUCACGCGGAAACGCUCAAGCCCAGGUGUUCGGCUUGUGAUGAGAUAAUCUUGGCUGAUGAGUGUACGGAAGCAGAAGGUCGUGCUUGGCACAUGAAACACUUUGCGUGCUUGGAGUGCGACAAGCAGCUCGGGGGCCAGAGGUACAUCAUGAGAGACGGUCGGCCUUACUGUCUGCAGUGUUUCGACGGCCUGUUUGCCGAGUACUGCGACUCUUGCGGCGACCCCAUAAGCGUAGACCACGGACAAAUGAGUCACGAAGGACAACACUGGCACGCCACCGAACAGUGUUUCUGCUGUCACACGUGCAGAUCGUCGCUGCUCGGCAGACCUUUCUUGCCUCGUCGCGGGGCAAUCUUCUGUUCAAUCGCCUGCAGCAAAGGCGAACCUCCGACGACGACGACGACGACAUCGCAAAGGCCCGAAUCGGAAAUGGCCGACGCCGCCGCCGCCGCACAAACGGCGCAGACGACGCCCGCGCAAACGCUGCAGCUGCAACCGGUCGCCGCCGCGCCCGAUUCGCCGGCCGGCGGCGGAAGACGGACCGCAACGACCAACGGAUUCGCGUCACCUUCGCCAUCACAACAAUCGGCGUGCCGGUCACCGUUAAUGGGCCGCAGAGCGUUGCAGAACGCCAACAACAGUGGCGCGUCGUCACCGUCGCCGACACGUCACAUGCAGCAGCGGGCCGCGGGUGACGGCGUGUUGUCGCCGCACGUUGACCGACCGAAUGCCGUGGCCGCCCGGCCGUCUGACUUGGACGUGCGACAGAGGCGCCGGCGCAACGACAUCGCCGUGGUAGAGUCCAGGCGCGUGGUCACCGUGUUGGACAGGGGCGACGGUGGUAACGGUGACAUGGCCAGUGACGAUGACAGCGGCGGCGGUAGCAGACCACGCGGUCAUGGGUUCGCGGCCGCGUCGUCAGCUGUCGUCGCCGUUGACCGGACGGACGGCGGGCGGUUGGACGAAACGCUUUACGAGCUACAACGACUGUUGAGCAACGGCAAACUGCCUCAAAGGUUCCUGGAGAAGCUCAUCUCUGACGAUGAGAUCACCGACCGGCUUCUGAACGAGUUUGAAAAACUCACCACCGCGGCUGCCGCCACUGCCACGGCCACUGCCGUGGAACCGUCUCCGCCGUCUUCAUCGUCUUCGAGCCGCCGGCCGGUGGUCGACCGGAGACUGGCCGGCGCCGUAGCGCCACCUGCUGCUAUCGUUUCGGCCUCAAAUACACCAUCGCAGCCGCGUCGCACUUCGUCGUCGUCGUCCACGCCUGAGACUGUGGCCACAGCCUCAGGUGGCCGAAGGUCCGUCCGAUUUGAUGGCACUGCUUUGUCGUCGACCGACCCGCCGGCUUCCGGACGCACCAGACGUCGGCGCCGGGAAGGCCGGAACAACCGGAGUCGAAGCCGGAGCCGGAACAGCAGGCCAGUUCCGCCGCCGCCUCCGCCACCUGGUAACGACGAUGGUGACGAUUCCUCGGCCGAACACGGUUGCUGUUCCACGUGCUCGUCCAGUUCGGGCAGCGAACUCGACGACCUCUCGGUGUACCGGUUACCGGCUCGCAGGCCUUACGGCCCGGGAGCCGGAGCCGCAGCCAGGAUCUCGUACGUGCCCAACGACGCCAUAGCGUACGCCAAACAGCAGGCCACCGCCCACCGUUCGCCCGGUAGGAGGACCACGGCCGGUGGCCAGUCACAACAGCACAUGCAGCAGCAACAACAGCCGGUAGACGACAAGAACUGCGUCAUACAGUAGUGAAAUACAACACGCUCCUUGGUCGCAAUCUUUAUAAAAACGAUAAUUCGACUGUUGCAUAGGCAAAAUGGGACGGGGUAUAAGUUGACUUAGUAAUUAUAUAAAUAUAUAAUAAUAUGACACCGUCGGUCGUUCUCCGGCCAAUGUGCUGUACAGGGGUUGUUCCGAUCCGAAUUUUCGAUUUCACUACCCUAACCUAAAUAAUAUACUCGUAUACAACGUUUGUAUUUCUCUUACUGUACAUCUAUAUAUAUAAUAAAGUGUACACAUUGGCCUAACUUGGGGGAAACGUGGAAAACUAAAAAUCUAUCAGAAGAAAAUAUACACUAUUUCCGGCUCAGUAAAAUAUCUGGGAGCAGUCUCUCCCCCCUGCCCUAGAUUGAGCCUAUGUGUGUACCAUUAUAAUAUAUAGGUACACGCGUGUGUCUUCCACAAUAAUUUCGUGUAUAUAAUAUAAUAUAAUAUGUUAUGUGUAUAUUUUAAUCGUAUACAUAAUAUUUAUAUACAAA